AUGCAAGAAAAAGACUCAUUUAAAUGUGGCAGAUGUAAGAUUCAAUUUGAACAAUUAUCUCAAUUUAUUGAUCACAAGAGGACAUUAUGUAAAUCUCCUGAAACUCCCAUGUCUGAUAUUUCGACAAAAUUGUUAAUGGAACUUCCUGAAUCUUCUUCAUUAGAAAAGACUUACCUUAUAUCAUUAGAUAAUAAUUUCAAACAUGAUAAUGCCAAAGAAAAUGUAAUUCAAUUUAUGAGAGAUGAUCAACCAAGUGAAAAUGAGCCAGUAACAUUUCUUAUAAGUGAAAAUCAAUUGGAUAUUGAUAAUUCUUCGGCCACAAUUUCCAGUCAAAUAUUUAUUCCUGCAAAAAUUCCUCAGGAAAAUAAUUCAGUUUACAUUGCUAAUUCUGAAUGUAACAAAGGAACAGAAAGCAUAAUUAUAAAUACUGAUAACUGUGCCAAACUUAAUUCAGAUAAUAUAAUUUUAAGUAAUUCAGUUGAAAAUGAGCCAUUGGAUAUAGAAUUUUUUCUAACUCAAAGUACAAUAGAUACCAAGCAAAAUGACACUGUUAUACUGACUAAUUUUCAAAAUAUAUCAACUGAAAAUAAUAUUUCUCAAAAUUCUGAUGGCAUUGUUUCAGUUAAUGAUUCACAUAAUACAUCACAAAUCAAUGAAAAUUUAUUAAAACUUAUUUAUGAGCAAUUGUCAAAUAAGAAUAAUAGUCAUGACACGUUAACAAAUUUUGUUAAAAUUGAUAAAAAAAAUCUUGAUAAAAUCAAAUCAAAAUUAGAGUGUUCUUUUUGUGGUAAAGAAUUUGAAAAACAAUUUAAUUUACAACAGCAUGAACGAAUUCACACUGGAGAACGUCCUUUUCAAUGUAUUAUUUGUGGAAGAGCCUUUUCUCAAAAGUCAAACGUUAGAAAACAUAUGAUUAGGCACAAAGUAUGGCCUCAGGCUCAAAAAACAUUAAAGAUUGAUAAUGAUCAUACUGAAUCAACAUUAAGUCAAGAAUUUUUAGAUCAAAUUGAUUAUUCCUGUCAAUAUUGUUCCUUAAGUUUUAAGUCUUAUUCUCAGUAUAAAAAACAUUUAAGUGUUCAUUCUAAUUUUAAGGUUUAUCGUUGCAUUCAAAAGGGAUGCAAUGAAACUUUUAGUGAUUUAGAUGAGUUUUUAUUACAUUCAAAAAUUCAUUCUUCCGCAGAAUUUCGGUGUCAUAUAUGUUUAAAAGCCUUUACUAGUUUGGAUGAUUUGGGAGCUCAUCAAUAUGACCAUGAUUUAAGUGGGAAAAAUAAAAAAGAAUUUGACGUUAAAUUAAAAUGUAAAAUAUGUCACGCACAAUUUAAAACUUUGGAGUCUUUAAAAAAUCACAUGGCGGUUGAUUCACACAAUUACGAAUGCGUUCAUUGUCGAAACGUUUUCAGUUCGGAAAGAUUUCUUCGCCGACAUUUAGCAACUCAUCUCGAUCCCUCUGAAUCUAAAUAUAAAUGUAUGAAAUGUAAAAAAACAUUUCGGACUCAAAAAUAUCUUAACAAUCACGCAUUCGUUCAUUCGGAGGAGAAACCCUUUAAUUGCGAACACUGUGAUAAACAAUUUGCGUCGAAGUAUAGACUGAAAAGGCAUUUAGCCAUUCACUUGAAUCAGUAUUUCGAGUGUCCUUUUAAAGCGUUUUUAGGUUGUUUCAAAACAUUUUACAGAAAAGAUAAACUUAGAGAUCACAUAGCGACUCACAGCAGCGUAAGAUUAAAAACGUGUCAAAUUUGUUCGAAAACAUUUUCAUCACUAUUAAAAUUAAAUCAACAUUUGAAAAAAGAUCACAAAAUAAUAAAAAGUAAAAAAAUAUCAAGGUGCUUAAAUUGUUUUCAAUCGUUUAGAAAGCAAAAACAAUUAAUGCAGCAUCACUGCACGGUGGGAGAAAGAAAAAUCAAGGCCAAUACUGAAAUAUCAGAUCAUCAAACAGAAGGAACAGAAAAUGUGUCCAACAUCGAAAUUAUUAUGUUUUGUUUAAUCGAUUAUUAG